AUGGACGGAACAGCGAUUGUUUUCCAAAGUCCUGUAGAUGACAGGGCUGCUAUCAAGUUCCGACAGUUGGCGGUAAUCGAGCGUGCUUAUAUCGAAGAGCAACGAUUCUCCCGUCGUCCUCGCUCUUGGCCAGCCUCCUGGUUUAAUGUGUCCCCUCCCCAGCAGCAUAUAAAUCAUAAGACUGACGAAGCCAACCGUGCAAGCUUGCUGUUGAGAACUGAAAUCCACCUGAAACAGCCCAUGCCUACGCGGUUAACUCCGUACUCCAACAGGUAUGUAAAGACGCCACCGAUGCCGCGGGCGGAGGAGCCACUGACCAGCCGAAGACAGGAGCCGCUGUCCCUUUGCUGCUCCAGCAACAGGCGCACACCACACCACAUCCCUAGUCACCACCCGGUCACUACCACUACCACCGCCACAAUAUGGUGA